UGUGAUGGGAUUUAUUCUUAUAAACAGUCACCAAGAGUGGACUUGGACCUUCACGCAGUGGUUUAUCCUGCAAAAAACGGACUCCACUUGGCGGCCCUUCGCUCUCUCUGCAUGUGUGUAUGGCAGGUUCGGACUCCUGAAUUGACCUGUGUGUGUGUAACUGGAACGAGGACGUGACACCAUGCCCCUGGGUGCCACGUGGAGCCGGGUGAAGAACGUGUGCCAGCAGAAUGGCCUCCUCAUCCUGUCCGUGCUGGCUGUGGUGGUCGGCUGCCUGCUGGGAUUCUUCCUGCGUUCCAAACACCUCUCUGAACAGGAGGUGAAGUACUUCCAGUUCCCCGGAGAGCUGCUCAUGAGGAUGCUGAAGAUGCUCAUCCUGCCUCUUGUUGUCUCCAGCUUGAUGUCCGGUCUGGCAGUGCUGGAUGCUAAAUGCUCAAGCCGCCUGGGCAUCAUGACCAUCUCCUACUACCUGUGGACUACCUUUGUAGCCGUAGUGGUGGGCAUCGUCCUGGUGAUCAUCAUCCACCCAGGCGGAGCGGCACAGAAGGAGGACUCGGAGGACAGCGGCAAGCCGAUCAUGAGCUCUGCGGAUGCUCUGCUUGACCUCAUCCGCAACAUGUUUCCUGCCAACUUGGUCCAAGCUACUUUUCAACAGUACCGCAGCAGAAGUAUCCCCAUCUUAAAGCCAAAGCCCACCGUGAGCCAGGACCUGACGGAGUCGGCCACCAGGCGCACUUUUAUCUACGGCAUCCAGGACGACAACGGCACUGACAUCCAGAGCUUCUCUCUGGACUUAACGCCGCCUCCGGACGUGGUGAUCAGGACGCUGCCCGGCACCAGCGACGGCAUGAACGUCCUGGGGAUUGUCAUCUUUUCAGCUACCAUGGGAAUCAUGCUGGGAAGAAUGGGACCCAACGGCAGCGCGGUGGUCAACUUCUGCCAGAGUUUAAAUGAAGCAGUGCUGAAAAUUGUAGCCAUCGUUAUCUGGUAUUUCCCAUUUGGGAUCGUCUUCCUGGUGGCUGGCAAGAUCUUGGAGAUGGAUGACCCCUCUGCGAUGGGGAAGAAAUUGGGUUUCUACGCCAUCACCGUGGUUAUUGGACUGAUUGUCCAUGGUCUCUUCAUCCUGCCCGCCAUGUACUUCUUUAUCACCAAGAAGAGCCCAAUUGUUUACAUCCGAGGCAUCCUGCAGGCUCUGCUCAUCUCACUGGCCACUUCAUCCAGCUCUGCCACGCUGCCUAUCACCUUUAAGUGCCUCCUGGAGAACAACCAUAUCGACCGACGCAUCAUCCGCUUUGUCUUACCCGUUGGAGCCACCAUCAACAUGGACGGUACAGCACUCUACGAGGCCGUGGCAGCCAUAUUUAUCGCUCAGGUCAACAACUAUGAGCUGGACUUUGGUCAGAUCAUCACUAUCAGCAUCACAGCCACAGCAGCCAGUAUCGGCGCAGCGGGGAUUCCUCAGGCUGGCUUGGUAACGAUGGUGAUUGUGUUAACCUCAGUGGGGCUUCCUACUGAUGACAUCACAUUAAUCAUCGCCGUGGACUGGGCCCUGGACCGUUUCAGGACGAUGGUGAACGUGAUGGGAGACGCACUGGCCACGGGAAUCAUGGCACACAUAUGCAGGAAAGACUUCAUGAAGGAGGGUGAAGAGGUUCCUCUGAUCUGUGAAACCAAGCCCAUGAUAAGCAUCCAGCGGAUGACGUCCUACCAGAGCAACGGCUGCUCCCAGCCUCCUCCGGGGCGACCCGGGAAGCCUGAACGUCUCUCCCCAGAUGUGGCUCGCCUCGUACAGCUGGAAGAAGGGAUCAGGCCAGAGAGGAAGCAUAAGAAGUCCACACACCACGUCAAGAGGAAGGAUCGAGAUCGAGACCACUGCACUAUUGACAUGAAUGGCCUUGAAACCAAUGUCUAGUCUCAGAAACAUCUUGUGGGCUUGAGAGGAAUGCGCAAGAAACAAGUGCUAGCUAUGUUCUUCUGUCUCUCGCCAUUCAAAAUCCUUCUGCUGAUUGGCCGUCUGUGGCGAGCGGAGGUCUGAAUGUGUGUGUAAAGGCGUAAUAUGGACCAUAUAGGUUUGAAAGGAAGAUGAAAUGAUCUGGUCCUACCUCUGGAACUUUCUAUCAUAGCUCCUUACUAACACAUGUCAUGGGUUCAUUCAGCUCAUUAUAGCGACACACACUGGGUACAAGAAUAAAUGAUCUAUGACAAUCACCUCGGUCAACAUGGAUUUGAUAUUAAUGGACUGUUAGAACACGCUACUUCUUAAUGUUUUAUCCUAGGCAACAUUUCAUUGGCUGAUGACUUUCUGCUCUUUUUCUAUUUUUUUUUUUUUUUUUAUAUAAAGUUUGCCCUAAAGUUGUGUAAUUGCAAUAAGGGAUCCAAUUUCACUUUAAAAAAAUGUAGAAAAUUCUGAAGGACCUUGAAAGUACUAAAUCCUGGUCAAAAUGCAUGCCACAUAUUAUAGUUAAAUAAUUUGAGGGCUUUUUGUUUGCUUGUUUUAUGUACUCUAAGCCCAGUUUUGUGGAGUAGUGUUCAACUGGAAGGAUGGAUGUCAAUAAUAAAGUGUUUUUAUACCUUGCAGGUUUUUAAAUCAGUGAUCUGGUCAGAAGGUGUUGAUUACACGGAGCCGUAUAUCAUGGACACUCCACAUAAACGGUGUGAAAUUUUUGAUAUGGUCUAAUUUUCUGUGAACAGACGCUUAUUUACCAUUUAUGGAAGGAGUCUCCAGUGUUAGUGCUUCUGCCUUAGUUAUAGGAAUUUCCAUCUUAGGUAGCAUCAUAACAAGACGCUUUAUUUUUUUUAACAGCUUCUUAAAAAUCGAAGAAGCUGAAAAGAAAAUACAACCAAACAAAUAGAUAACCUUCCCACUAACAGCCAAGAUGUGGCAUUUUCUCUUGACUUUUAAUCAUAAUCACAUGAGAUUAAACAUAAUUUAGUCAAGAAAGA